AUGGCUCUCUCGAUCCGCUUUGCGGGCCGAACAAGCUCUCUUUUCCGCCAAGUAGGGGCUGCUUCAUCCAGUCCUGGUAGGACUUUUACAACUCGUGCCUCGUCACGAUGCCUCUAUGCUAGAAGCCCAGCACCAGCUCGUAAAAGUACUGGUUAUGUCCGACUUUUCUCGAGCUCUUGCAUCCGCCCAAAUCAGACCCAAACCGCCCCAAACGCCAAAGCAUACUUGGAGAGCGGAGUUAUAAAGGGAGCUGCCAACCCUGUGAACGUCAAGAAAGUUUUGGUCAUCGGAAGUGGAGGUCUCAGUAUUGGACAAGCAGGAGAAUUUGAUUAUUCAGGUUCCCAGGCUUUGAAGGCCUUGAAAGAGGCUGGCGUGGCCUCGGUACUCAUCAACCCUAACAUCGCAACCAUUCAGACCGCCCACGUCCUCACCGACGAAGUUUACUACCUGCCAGUAACCCCGGAAUAUGUUACAUACGUUAUUGAGCGAGAGAGACCAGAUGGAAUCUUCCUCACUUUCGGCGGUCAAACCGCUCUCAACUUGGGUGUGCAAAUGGAGCGUAUGGGCAUCUUCGAACGUUACGGUGUGAAGGUUUUGGGUACAAGCAUUAAGACCCUGGAGACCAGCGAAGACAGAGAUCUUUUCGCAAAGGCUCUCGGAGAGAUCAACAUUCCAAUUGCUCAGUCAAUUGCUGUGGGUACGGUCGAUGAAGCUUUGGAAGCUGCUCGAGGAAUCGGGUACCCAAUUAUUGUCCGAGCUGCCUAUGCUCUUGGAGGACUCGGUUCCGGUUUUGCCAACAAUGAGGAGGAACUUCGCAACAUGUCUGCGAGAUCUCUGACUCUGUCGCCACAAAUUCUGGUUGAGAAGUCUCUCAAGGGAUGGAAAGAAGUUGAGUACGAAGUCGUCCGUGAUGCCAGCAACAACUGCAUCACCGUCUGCAACAUGGAAAACUUUGAUCCUCUCGGCAUCCAUACUGGUGACUCCAUUGUUGUAGCUCCCAGUCAAACUUUGAGUGACGAGGAGUACCACAUGCUUCGUUCGGCUGCCAUCAAGAUUGUUCGUCACUUGGGUGUCGUAGGCGAGUGUAACGUCCAAUACGCUUUACAACCAGAUGGACUCGAUUACCGUGUCAUCGAAGUUAACGCCCGUCUUUCCCGUUCUUCUGCCCUUGCUUCUAAAGCGACUGGAUAUCCUCUUGCCUAUACCGCCGCUAAGAUUGGUCUCGGACACACCCUACCAGAACUUCCAAAUGCUGUUACCAAGACUACUACUGCAAACUUCGAGCCUUCCUUGGACUAUGUUGUUACCAAAAUUCCCCGCUGGGAUCUGGCCAAGUUCCAGCACGUGAAGCGCGACAUUGGAAGUGCCAUGAAGUCUGUUGGUGAGGUAAUGGCUAUUGGACGAACCUUUGAAGAAUCGAUCCAGAAGGCUAUUCGUCAGGUAGAUCCUCGAUUCAUCGGUUUCCAAGGCGAUAAGUUCGAUGAUUUGGAUUACGAGCUGGCUAACCCUACUGAUCGUCGAUGGCUGGCAGUGGGACAGGCUAUGCUUCAUGAGGGCUAUACUGUUGAACGAAUCCACGAUUUGAGCAAGAUCGACAAGUGGUUUUUGUACAAACUCCAGAACAUCGUUGACUGCACUCAUGAGCUUGAAGAUAUCGGAAGCCUCCUUGGCGUCAACAAAGAGCUUAUGAUGAAGGCUAAGAAGAUGGGUUUCAGUGACCGUCAAAUCGCAAAGGCCGUUGGUAGCACAGAGGAUGAGGUUCGCGCUCGCCGAAAGAAUUUUGGCAUCACCCCAUUCGUUAAAAAGAUCGAUACACUUGCUGCGGAGUUCCCAGCAGAUACGAAUUACCUUUAUACUACUUACAAUGCUACUACCCAUGAUGUUACGUUUGAAGACCGUGGAACCAUUGUCCUCGGAUCAGGCGUUUACAGAAUCGGUAGCAGUGUGGAGUUUGAUUGGUGUAGCACGUCUUGUGUCCUUGCCUUGCGCGAGAUGGGCAAGAAGACCGUUAUGAUCAAUUAUAACCCAGAGACUUACUCUACUGAUUUCGAUACCGCGGACAAGCUUUACUUUGAAGAGCUUAGUUACGAACGAGUGAUGGACAUCUAUGAGCUUGAGAAUGCCAAUGGUGUGGUUGUCUCAGUCGGUGGCCAACUUCCUCAGAACAUUGCCCUUCGACUUCAAGAAGCGGGUGGCGCCAAAAUCCUCGGAACUGAUCCUAAGGACAUCGACAAGGCAGAAGACAGACAGAAAUUCUCCGAGAUACUUGACAGCAUCGGCGUUGAUCAGCCUGCUUGGAAGGAGCUUACUUCUGUUGCUGAUGCUGAGAGUUUCGCCUCGUCUGUGGGAUAUCCUGUCCUCGUUCGACCUAGCUAUGUUCUUUCUGGUGCCGCCAUGACAGUCAUUCGCAGCAAGGACGAUCUCAAGGAGAAGCUAGAAGCUGCCAGCAAUGUCUCUCCUGAUCAUCCCGUCGUCAUCACCAAGUUCAUCGAAGGUGCUGAAGAGAUUGAUUGCGAUGGCGUUUCCCAUCAAGGAAGCUUAAUUGUCCAUGCCGUGUCCGAGCAUGUCGAACAAGCUGGUGUUCACUCUGGUGACGCCACUCUCGUCCUUCCGCCUGCAAACCUGGAUAACACGACCAUUGAUAGGGUUAAGGAUAUUGCUGUGAAGAUUGCAGCAGCUUUUAAGAUCACAGGGCCCUUCAACAUGCAGAUCAUCAAAGCUGAAGAUCCCAACGGCGGCUUACCCCAGUUGAAAGUCAUUGAGUGCAACCUUCGGGCCUCUCGCUCGUUCCCGUUCGUGAGCAAGGUUCUUGGUCUCAACUUCAUCAGCGUGGCGACAAAGGCCUUAGUUGGCGCAGACGUCCCUGCACCUGUUGAUCUCAUGGCAGUCAAGCGUGACUAUCUCGCAACCAAGGUACCUCAGUUCUCAUGGACUCGUCUCGCUGGUGCCGAUCCCUUCUUGGGGGUCGAAAUGUCCAGUACUGGUGAAAUCGCAUGUUUCGGAAAAGAUCUUGUCGAAGCCUACUGGGCCUCCCUCCAAUCUACCAUGAACUUCCGCAUGCCAGAGCCAGGAGAGGGUCUCCUCUUCGGUGGUGACGUCUCCAAAGCUUAUCUUUCCAACAUUGUUGACUACCUCUCCCCUCUCGGCUACAAGCUUUAUGCUGCUGAGAAGGAGGUCAAGGAAUUCCUCGAGUCAACUGCCAAGAACAACGUCAAGGUCGAGAUCAUCGAAUUCCCUACUGAGGAUAAGAGAGCUCUCCGAGAAGUCUUCCAGAAGUAUGAUAUCCGCGGUGUCUUCAAUCUGGCUCAGGCCCGAGGGAAGACGGUUCUCGAUGUCGACUAUGUGAUGCGCCGCAAUGCCGUCGACUUUGGCGUGCCCCUUUUCAUGGAACCAAAGACCGCCGAGCUUUUCGCCCGCUGCAUGAGCGAGAAGCUUCCCCGCAAGGAAGGCAUCCCUGGUGAAGUCCGCAGAUGGUCUGACUUCAUCGGUGGCAAGCCUUUGUAA